GUGCGGCGCUGCUGCUCUCAGUGCGUCUCGCUUGCUCGCGGGACACGCACAGAUCCCAUCGAGUACACGGUACAACCGCAAACGACGCCUACCACGCCAUCGAGGCUGCCCCGUUCACUGGUCGCGGGACGCGGACGCAUAGAGCACACCAGAAGCCGGCCGCACAGCACACCACCAAAAUGCCGGAGGAGAGCAAGGAGGUGGACAUCCUGCCGCGGCUGCGCGGCAUUUUGAUGAGCAGCGACUUUAGUAAUCAAUUUGAGGCCUUCGCGGAGGACCACAUCGAGCCCUUCGUGCGCGUGUUGGACGACGGGAAGUCGCCGACGCUCGAACACGUGGAGCACGACCACGAGCUCCAUGAUAUUUACAGAUUAUACCUCGAGACGUUCGAGAAAAAAAUCGAAAAACAUAUUAUCGAGGCGGGCUCGACGCUCGACGCGUUCAUGCGCGACGCGCGGCGGACGCUGGAAUCCGCCGAGGAGUUCGACAGCUCGCGGUUUUUCCUCGAGGCGCUCCUCGCCACCACGACGUACGAGACGUUUUUAGGACUCAUGAUGACCGAAGCUAGGCGGGUCAAGGACAAGCGCGAUGCGAAGCUGGACACGAUCGACGAGGACGAGGAGAAGAGUGGGCAUAAGUAGCACAUCAUACUUUA